AUGAUAAAACGUAAUCAACAACUUACAAUAGGUGCUCUUGUGCGAUAUUUAUGUGGUAAUACAUCUGAAAAAGCUAUAUUACAAGUUGUUGGUAUUAAAGUAAUCGAAAAAAUAAAAAAUGACGAUACAUCAAUAUUUACUAAAUGUUAUCAUCUUAUAUUAUCGGACGGCAAGCACACAUUUUCAUCUUGUAUGCUUGACACUAAAAUAAAUAAAUUAAUUGAAAUGAAUUCUUUAAAAGAAAACUCUAUUAUACGCAUUGAUCGUGUUAUGGUUAAUUCAAUCGAUAAAACUGAAAAAAAUAUGCUUGUGCUUUAUGAACUUGAAGUAAUACAAAGUGAUAGUGAACGAAUUGGAGAUUUAGUAGCGUUAUCAUUGACUGAUAUUACUAAUAAUGGUGGAGAUACAAAUUUUCUCGAAACAACAAAUGAUAACAAUACAACAAUUAAAAAAUCGAAUUUUUCUACCACAAUCUACAGAAAGCCUACAUAUACUAGACUAUUAACCAAACUUAAUGAACAUAAUCAAUAA